AUGGAGCUUCCGUUUGAAACAUACGACGUCUUCACCACCACGCGCUACCUCGGAAAUGCGCUCGGCGUCGUCACCAUCCCCGCCGAUGCCGUAAAGCCGACGCAGGAGCAGAAACAAGCUAUCGCCCGUGAAUUCAACCUCUCCGAAACAAUCUUUAUCCACCAGGUAGCAGACCCCGCUACCAACAAGCAGCGCCAAAUCGACAUCUUCGUGACAGAUGCUGAGCUGCCGUUUGCCGGACACCCCGUGAUUGGCGCCGCCGUGUCUCUCCUCGACGAGGGCGUCGACACCAUCAUCACCAAGGCCGGGCCUAUUCCCGUCCGCAAAACCGGCGACCAGUCCGCCCAGGCGGCCGUGCCGUUCAACACCCACUUGCAUCAGAAGCGUCUACGCGAUGCCGCCGUCGCCGCUGACCAGUUGAGCGAUGUUGCUGUGAUUCGCGAUGCUGAGCUCCAAGCGCCACUGUUCAGUAUCGUCAAAGGUAUGAACUUUUACCUGACAGAGCUUCCCGACCUCAACACUUUGGGUCGAGUCACAGUUGGGAGCUUCAAUCCUCCCCAAGAGCUGCUGGACGAGGAAUGGCGCGUAGGCUUUGCCGGAAUCUACUACUUUGUCCGCCUGGGCGACAGAGUUGGAGACGAUGGUAUCCCAGUUGUAUCACUGAGAACUCGUAUGGUUGCCGGCGUGCUCGGCAUUGAAGACCCGGCGACAGGAUCGGCAAGCUGCUGUCUGUGCAGCUAUCUUAGCACCGUGGCUAGUGAUCAAAAGGUGCCUUUCGUCAAGUACGAGAUUACUCAGGGUGUUGAAAUGGGCAAGGAGAGUUCCAUUACAGUCGUGAUUGGAGUAAAGGACGGCAAGUUGGACUCCGUUUCGUUGUCUGGAGCUGCUGUAAGGGUUAUGAAGGGCGUUCUCACCAUCUAA